GAGCGAGGAGCGCGGCAAGAUGUCGGGUCGCGGGAAGCAGGGCGGCAAGGCGCGGGCCAAGGCCAAGUCGCGCUCGUCGCGGGCCGGGCUGCAGUUCCCCGUGGGCCGCGUGCACCGGCUGCUGCGCAAGGGCAACUACGCGGAGCGCGUGGGCGCGGGCGCGCCGGUGUACCUGGCGGCCGUGCUGGAGUACCUGACGGCCGAGAUCCUGGAGCUGGCGGGCAACGCGGCCCGCGACAACAAGAAGACGCGCAUCAUCCCCCGCCACCUGCAGCUCGCCAUCCGCAACGACGAGGAGCUCAACAAGCUGCUGGGCAAGGUGACGAUCGCGCAGGGCGGCGUGCUGCCCAACAUCCAGGCCGUGCUGCUGCCCAAGAAGACCGACAGCCACAAGGCCAAAGCCAAGUAAAUCUCGUCUGACUAACAACCCAAAGGCUCUUUUCAGAGCCACCCACAAGAUCCUAAGAGAGCUGAGUUACCGCAACAACAACGAAUUGCAUUAACUACUCAAUUCUUAUUUCAACUUAUAUUUUAUUUUUGGUUGGAUAAAGUAGCAACGUUUUCCAUGUUUACGAUAAUAAAACAAAGUCUUGCCAAAA